AUGCGCGCCUCAGCGGUGUCGUAUUUAAACUACCCAAUUUAUUCGGCAGCGAGCGAUGGCUCUUUCGUAGUCACGUCUGGCGGCGGCGGAGGAAAAGAAUACGGCAUAGAAAAUCAGUUGGUUGGCCUCUUCUUGGGGUGCAGCGACAAAGAAUGCAUCCUUAUAAAGAUGGAUGCGGAGAGCGGCUUGCGAGUUGUGCAUCGCUUCGGCAAAGAGGAAACAAGAAAACGCCUGAUUGUCGCUCGAUUUUCUCCUUCAGGAGAAUAUGUGCUGGCUGGGGGUGAAGAGAAGACAAUCUGCGUGUGGAGGCUGAUGGUUGGAGAGCAGCGAGGGACAGACGCAGCAGCAGGAGCAGCAGCAGCAACAAAACAGCAGCAGCAGCAGCAGAUUCGUACAGAAUUGGUGGCGGAGCUCCGUGGGCACGAGGGAGACAUAAAAGACGUCUCCAUGAGCGAUGACUCCGAGCUCGUGGUUUGCUGCGGAGGUGGCGGUCAGCUGUCUGUGUGGAGAUGGAGGGAAGAAGAAUUAGUGCUGUCACAGCAAAUUGUAAACCCUAAGACAGACAAAGCCCUUAAUGUUCGCUGCUGCAGGUUCCUCUCGACUCCAGUGUCUGGCCCUUCUCCCCCCAAACGCCUCAUCGCGCUCGCCAGCGACGUCCGAGGCCCUUCUUUUCUUUUCGGUUGGGCAGUGGUGCGAGAGUCCGGCGAAGGCGCCGCGGCGAGCAGCGACAAGAAGACUGAGGACCCUCCUCCAGGAGGAGCAGCAGCAGCAGCAACAGGAGCAGCAGCAGCAGCAGCAGCAGCAGCAGGAGGCUUGAAGCUGCAGCAAGUUUGCUGCAUGUGCUGUGACGCUUCUUCUCCCUGCUGCCAGCUGGAGAUAUCUGCAAAUCAAAAAUUAGUGGCGCACGUUCUGUACGUGGGGCAGCAGCAGCUGCUGCUGCGACAGCAAGCCCUCUCUUCAGGGAAUUUUGAGGCCACACUGGGAGACAUCCUUGCUCAAAGGCUGCAGCAGGAGCAGCAGCAGCAGCAGCAACAGCAGCAGGAGGCAUUAGAUAUGCCUUUUGAUAUUGAACAGCUUCAGAAGCAGCAGAAAGACAAAACAAAGCCGCAUAAGAAAAGCCCCCAUGAUGAACUAUGA